AAAUUCACCAGUAGACUGUUUCAAGUUCCCCCAGCAGAAACUGUGCCUGAUUUGUGGCCAAUGCUGGGGAUGUACGAAAAGGGAGGAAAACACUAAGCGGGUAGCUAUGGAGAUAGACCGUUUUCCUGGCCGCUUCCUUUGACAGGUGUUGAGUAGGUUAAAAGUCUUCAAACAGAGUCCACCAUGUACGCCAAAGGGAAAGGAGCUGUCGUUCCAUCCGAUAAUCAAGCCAGAGAGAAGUUAGCUUUAUACGUGUACGAGUACUUAUUGCAUGUUGGGGCCCAGAAAUCAGCACAGACCUUCCUUUCCGAGAUCCGAUGGGAGAAGAACAUUACGCUAGGGGAGCCUCCUGGAUUCCUCCAUUCAUGGUGGUGUGUAUUCUGGGAUUUGUACUGUGCCGCUCCAGACCGCCGUGAGACCUGCGAGCACUCCAGCGAGGCCAAGGCCUUCCACGACUAUAGUGCAGCAGCAGCCCCCAGCCCCGUAAUGGGCAACAUGCCCCCCAAUGACGGCAUGCCGGGCGGACCAAUGCCCCCUGGUUUCUUUCAGGGGCCUCCCGGCUCGCAGCCGUCACCACACGCACAGCCUCCCCCACACAAUACCAGCAACCCCAUGAUGGGACCCCACGGCCAGCCUUUUAUGUCUCCACGGUACCCUGGUGGACCUCGGCCGUCUCUUCGCAUGCCAAAUCAGCCUCCUGUAGGGGUUCCAGGUUCACAACCACUCCUGCCAAACAGUUUGGACCCAACCAGACCACAAGGACAUCCUAACAUGGGCGGUCCAAUGAGAAUGAAUCCUCCCAGGGGGAUGGGUGGCAUGGGCCCUCAGAACUACGGUGGUAUGAGGCCUCCUCCCAACUCUCUAGGUGGUCCAGGCAUGCCCGGAAUGAACAUGGGUCCUGGAGGACGUGGCCCCUGGCCAAACCCGAGUGCUAACUCGAUAGCAUACUCCUCCUCAUCUCCAGGCAACUACGUGGGUCCUCCAGGAGGAGGUGGUCCACCAGGAACUCCCAUAAUGCCAAGCCCAGGAGACUCCACAAACUCCAGUGAAAAUAUCUACACAAUGAUGAACCCUAUUGGACCAGGAGGAAACAGACCAAGUUUCCCCAUGGGUCCUGGUCCAGAUGGCCCAAUGGGCGGCAUGGGUGGCAUGGAACCUCAUCAUAUCAACGGAUCAUUAGGCUCUGGUGACAUGGAUGGGUUGCCAAAGAACUCCCCCAACAACAUGGCAGGGAUGAACAACCCACCAGGCACACCGCGGGAUGAUGGAGAAAUGGGAGGAAACUUCCUCAACCCAUUCCAAAGUGAAAGUCCUUCUGGGAUGCCCCACGAGCAGAGGACUCACAUGAAAGUGGCCCAUCCCAGCUUGUGCAAAAUGGCCACCGGCAACAGGAAACAGUCCCAGGGCCACAGGAAGAGCUUGUUGACUGAAUCUCCCUGCCUCCCGGACUUCCUCUCUGGUUCAGGACACUAACGGGGCUGAACACACACAGGAAGGCAGGUGUGUGUAUGUGUUUGAGCAGACACACGCAUCCCCGGGCUGCUCACUUUAUGAUCUUUAUGAACUCACUCCACUUUUUUGAUUCAUUUUUUAAAUCUUGAAUGGAUGCAGUCGUUUUUACAGUGGAAAAUAUCUGCACCUUUUUCCUCCAUUAAAUUGUGUAAAUGCAAGAGGAAGCUCAUUAUGAUGGGUUCGGCAAUGAACGUUUUCAUUAUUCUGUAUAUGUAUUGUAUUAUUAUCAAUUGUUGAUUUUAUUUUUAUUAAUAUUGUAUUGAUGGUUAUUGAUUAGGUUUUCAUCUUUUUUUGAAAGGGGCACAUUAUAUGUAAACCACGAAUUCGACAGGAAAAAGCACACAUCCAUAAUGCACAAUAACAGUGUCGUGACUUUUGCAGGAAGUCUACACUACGUUUUGUGUUUGCUGUGAAAUCUUACCUCCCGCAGAUUAAAAAGGUAGCCGUACCUUUUCUUCUACAUCUCUAAUAUAUAUACAGGAAAUGUAGUUUCAUUGUCCCUGUCAAGUGAACGUCUGAGGCCAAGAAGCGCAAGGCCCAAACCAGCAGCGACUUUAACCUCUCAGACCAGCCUGUGUGUCCGACAACGCGUUUUGGAGUCUAUCUGUAGAGAGGAAGUGAUGUCAUAACAGAGCUGAAAACAUGCGGUCAAACAACUAACUAGCGCUGAACUUGACUCCAACACAUGACAGAUGUCUGCUCACCGUGAUUCACAACUUAUUUAUUUGUUGUUUUUGUUCAAGAAUUGAUUUAUCGCGCACACGUCUCGCAUGCGACCCGUCAGGACAUAUUGUACACAUGUAAAUAUGCCAGUCUAAGAUACCUCCUGAAGAUUUGUAUCAUUCUGUCCCUCGCCAGAGACCCACAUGCUUUCCUUCUGCAUGAAUCUGAACAGGGUGUCUCUAGUCACAUGACAUUUCAGUACAAAUGAGGUUCCUGUUGACUUGGUGCUCAUCAUACUGGAUAUUUUUUCAGGCGCGGGAAUAGAGCCUUCCUCCUCAAACACAUUUUGUGUUAAGUAUGUGUUCCAUAUUAUGUCUAAUCAUCUUCAAAAACAUGAGAUGUCAGUCACAUCCUGUGCUUAUGAGAUGAGGGGAUAAUAAUAGGACGUCCAGGGACUACUGAAUGAGGGAUAUAUGAACUAAAUGUGCUCACAGACUGUUUCUCAUAAUAUUGGCAUGCAUUUUUUUUUUCCGUUUUGUCUUUUGCAUUUGGUGUAUAUUCUGUCUGUCUUUUAAAGGGAUAGCCCACCCCAAAAUGAAAAUUCUGUCAUUAUUUACUUAUGUCGUUCCAAAACUGUGACUUUCUAACUAAAGACUUUCGAUUGCCAUUGACUUCCAUUGUCAUUUUUGUCUAUACAAUGAAAGUCAAUGGGAACUGAAACUUUUUGGUUAUUAUUCUUGUUAUUCUGUAUUUUUUCUGUAUUGUUAUUCUGUAUCUUCAGUCUAUUUUGUUAAAGAAGAUAUUUUGAAGAAUGUUAGUAACUAAACUGUUUGGGUUCCCAUUGACUUCCAUUGUAACUCUUGCCCAUAGAGUGUAAGUCAGUGGGAACCGAAACUGUUUGGUUACCAACAUUUUUCAAAAUAUCUUCUUUUAUUUUCCGCUGGAAGUCACACAGGUUUGGAAUGACGUGAGGGUGAGUGAUUUUUGGGUGGUCUUAUCCCUUGAAACGAAAUGUGUUUUUGGAAGUAGGGGUCUCAGUGAAAUGGUUAUUAGGGGUCAGAAGGAACCGGGAAAUAUCAGAGCUAAAUGCUAAAAUCCUCCUGCUGAUUACAUAAACACACAUUAAUCACACAGCACCUGUUUUUAAGUUCUCCACAGCUGGAUGACACGAUGUACACAGAGAAACACACAAUUAUACAGCAUCUCUCUUAUUUUUGUUUGUAAAUACUGUAAAAUGCAUUUUGAUAUCAUUGACAUGUUUUGAUAUUUUAGUCACUACCAAUGAAUACUACGAGAUCUUGGGGGUAAAAAAAAAAUGUAAAGGAAGAACCCAUGUUUGUAGUCACCAUUCUCUGUCAUUGACUCUGUACAGAUGUACCAAAUCAUGCAAAUGUAAAGUUUUGUCAGCCUCUACUUAGUAAACGGCGUCUUGAGCGCUCAUGUUUUAAGUGAAUAGGAAAGUAAGGGGUGUUUGAAGCAGUACCGUUCACUCCUCAUAGACUAGACACUCACAGGAGGACAUAUGCGGAGGGCGAAAGCCUCACGAUACAUCCGUUCUCUCUUGGACGUGUCCUCACUUUGCACUUUCCAGACAGCAGCCCACCUUUUAACACAUUGUCUAUGUGGACAUACAUGAACACAGGAUUUGUCUCUUUAUGUGCAAAAGGGACCACCCAUUGCAAACUUUACUAUGAAGGAUUUUUAUCUAUUUAAAUUAAAAAACAAACAAAAAAAGGUUUAAAAACUCGUUCAGAGUAGGGAUUUAAAAUUAAAAAAAAGGUCAUAAAAAGGAGGGAUGUGUCCUUCCCGUUCUCUUGAGAUAGUGUUUUAUAGGUUGCGGUUUCUUCUCCUCGGCCAGUACUCUGUAUGUAAACCACUCACGUCGUUGGCCAUCUCUGUAAUUCUAUUGUGACGCUGUACGAUACUGUAACAUUAGUGAGGAGACGAGGUGCGGAGGGGCUUCAGAUGCAGGAAAGGAAAUAAAUCCUCCACUGUUGUUCUUUCUGACAAACAAAACGCAGUAUUGAGUAUAAAGCAGUCCGUCUCCUAGGUUUGCUUUGUAUUUCAUGUUUAGGGUAGUUUGGAUCCUUGUCUUAGGGACUCUUUCUGUCUUGUGUAGUAAAUUAAGAUGUUCUUUGUAACUUU